AUGUUUCAACAAAAUAUUAAGCAACAUUCUGUGUAUCUUAAUCACAAUGUAUGGAAUGAGAAUUGUAUCCUUGUCAUUGGAAAAAGGUAUGAUGCGGAGGCCACAUAUUUUGAUGAAAGUGUUAGAUCUUCGAAGCACAGUCAAUUGGAAGAGAAACUGAUGCAACUUGUCCAGCCGGCUUACCAGUUCAUGUUGGGACACAUUCGUUCUGGAACUCUGGAAAAAUUUAAAGAAGCAUUCGAUAAUGCCUUGAAUAGUGGGAAAGGAUUUACUGCAGCUGCUUGUGAUUGCACUGAGUAUUGUAUGUCACAAUUUGAUGAAAGAUCUGCAGACGCGGAGAUUGACCAAGCAAACUGGGACUGCUCUAGAGUAAGAGAUAAGCUCCAGCGCGAUAUAGAUGCACAUGUUGCUGCAGUCAGUAGUGCCAAGCUAUCUGAACUUACGACAACGUAUGAGACAAAAUUGAAUGAGGCAUUAUCUGGACCUGUUGAGGCUUUAUUUGAAGGAGCUAACAAUGAUACAUGGCCUGCAAUAAGAAAACUUCUCCGAUGCGAGAUUGAAACAGCUGUAGCUGGAUUUUCUGGUGCUAUUUCUGGUUUUGAAAUGGAUGAAGAAAUGAAGGACAAAAUGCUUUCGAGGUUGAAGGAACAUGCAAGAGGAUUGGUUGAAUCCAAAGCAAAAGAAGAGGCUGGAAGAGUUUUGAUUUGUAUGAAGGACAGGUUUUCAACAUUAUUCAGCCAAGAUUCUGACUCAAUGCCACGGGUCUGGACAGGGAAGGAAGAUAUUCGAACAAUCACCAAAACUGCUCGAUCUGCCUCUUUGAAGCUGCUAUCUGUUAUGGCUGCAUACCGUUUGGAUGAUGAUGCUGAUACCAUUGAAAGCACAUUGUCCCUCGCUCUCAUGGAUCCCAAAUCUACCAAUAAGGGAACUUCAGUGGACCUUCUGGCCUCAAGCAGUUGGGCUGAGAUUCCACCAUCCAAAACUUUGAUAACUCCGAUCCAGUGCAAAUCUUUGUGGAGGCAAUUUAAAGCCGAGACUGAGUACAUUGUUACUCAAGCCAUUGCAGCUCAGGAAGCUAGCAAGCGAAAUAACACUUGGUUACCACCUCCAUGGGCGAUUCUUGCAUUGUUAAUCUUGGGUUUUAACGAGUUUAUGACACUUUUGAGAAAUCCGUUAUAUUUGGGUGUUAUUUUUGUUGGUUUUCUGCUUAUAAAGGCUAUUUGGGUCCAACUAGACAUCCCGGGUGAAUUCCGCAAUGGAGCUCUUCCCGGACUUCUUUCCUUAUCAACCAAAUUUCUUCCCACUAUCAUGAACCUUCUUAGAAAACUAGCCGAGAUGGGCCAAGGGCGUGCAAAUCCUGACCGUCAGCAUAACCCUCCAGCUGCAGCAACGAAAUUCGAAAACAUCACUAGGGACUUGUCAUCUAGUGCUUCGUCUGAGGUAACUUCUUCCAGAAAUGGAAUUGAAUACUCGAGUCCCUUGGCUCAUCAGAAGUUGCAGUAA